AAAAUUCAUAAAAAUAAUAAGAAUAUCCAAAAGAAUAUAACUCUAGAAAUCGAAGCAGAAAAAGAAUAUUCUUAACUCAGAUCCCAUAAUCAAAACACAUAUAAAUACACCUCAAAACCACAACCCAAUUUGCCUCAAAACAAAAUCUCAAAAAUACCAACUUUUUUUCUCUUUCUUUUUCAAAAAGAGGUAUUACCUCUAUUCUUUCUUCUUCUUCUUUCUCUCUUUCUUUUUUGGGUUUUUGAGAAUUAAUGGCUCUCAAAGCUGUUCAUGUCUCAGACGUACCUAAUUUAGAUCAAGUCCCACAAAAUGCCUCAUUCUCUCUCUACUCAACUCGUCUUCCCAAAGGUGUGGAAUUGGGUAGAGGAAGUUUAAAUGCACCCAAAUUUGCUGUGAUUGGACAUCGAGGCCAUGGAAUGAACGUUUUACAAUCUUCUGAUAUGAAAAUGAAAGCUUUUAAAGAAAACUCCAUUGUUUCUUUCAACAAAGCUGCCUCUUUUCCCAUUGAUUUCGUCGAGUUUGAUGUUCAGGUGACCAAGGAUGAUUACCCUGUUAUUUUCCAUGACAACUUUAUCCUCACCAGAGAAGAUGGUAUUGUUUUGGAGAAGAGAGUUACUGAGCUGAGUCUGUCUGAGUUUCUAUGUUAUGGGCCUCAAAAAGAGGUUGGAAAAGAAGGGAAACCUUUGCUUAGGAAAAGCAAAGAUGGGAAAAUUACAGAGUGGAAUGUUGAAACUGAUGACUCUCUUUGUACACUCCAAGAAGCUUUUGAACAAGUGGAACCAUCUUUGGGGUUUAACAUAGAAUUGAAAUUUGAUGACAGUGUUUUGUAUCAACAAGACUAUCUUAUUCAUGUUCUUCAAGCUAUUUUAGAUGUGGUUUUUGGUUAUGCCAAAGACAGAUCUAUAAUCUUCUCAAGUUUCCAACCUGAUGCAGCUCUUUUGGUCAAGAAAUUACAAGACAAAUAUCCGGUCUAUUUUUUGACCAAUGGAGGAACUGAGAUUUUCCUUGAUGUUAGGAGAAAUUCCUUAGAAGAAGCCAUGAAAUUGUGCUUGGAAGGUGGUUUAGAUGGGAUUGUCUCAGAAGUUAAAGGGGUUUUCAGAAAUCCAGGGGCUGUGCCCAAAAUCAAGGACCAUAAUCUUUCACUCCUAACAUAUGGAAAAUUAAAUAAUGUAAGUGAAGCUGUGUACAUUCAACACCUAAUGGGAAUAGAUGGAGUGAUUGUAGAUUUGGUACAAGAAAUUACAGAGGCAGUCUUUGAUUUAAUGAAACCAACAACAAAUAACAUUGAAGAAGAGAGCCUUUCUCAAGGUGAUGAUGAGAACAUAAAGCUCAAAACAAAGCCACAAUUUUCUCAGAAAGAGCUUUCUUUUCUCUUGAAGCUCAUCCCUCAGUUGAUACAGAUUUAAUACAAUAUUUUAACCUUUUUACUUAUAUUGUUCCACUUUGUUUUGUGGUGAAAAGAGAGUUGGAUUAGAGGAGUUUGACACGCCAAUAUACUCGUAAUGAUGUACAUAAAUUUAUCGUAGUCAGUUUCCUCUAUUAAAUCUAUACAUAAAAGUUAUGUGUUGCUAACUUCUUAUUUUUCUUUUGAAUACUAUUUUGUUUUUGGUUUCA